AUGUCAAACAAGAGUGCUGGCGAAAGCUGCAGGGUUCAGAAAAGUGCGAAGCAGCGCGGCGUGUUGUUGGCUGGCCACCCGAUUUUUAUGAUCUGCACCCGAUGCAAGCUCGACCGAUUUCGGAAAUGCAGCCAAGCUGUCAAAAGCGGAUCGGCGAAUUUAUGCGAUGACGUCCUCGAGUGCAGCUUUGCUAAUCCAUUGAACAGCAUUGUGGCGCCUCUCAGAAUCGUCAGCUGGUUCAGGGUCCUGCCGACAUGA